UGCGAGAAGUGCGCUGGGAUACAAACAAGGGAGGCUGCUGCUCGCUAGCUCGCUAUUGCAAGUAGGUCAGUCAGUGUGCUGUGAUAUAAAAUCAAAGAUUUAAAAUCUUAGGAGGAAAGCAGUGGUUGGAAUUACAUUUGUAAUGCGACGUUUGAAAUUACGCCUGCACUCUUCGCUGUCCAGGGUACUGUCUCACGAGCGCAAGCCUGUCGAUCAGCCUCACUUUACCACCACCCUCACAUUAGGCUGUUUUUAGGUAAGAAAUCAUGGAGUUACGUGUUGGGAGUAAAUACCGUCUCGGGCGAAAGAUUGGAAGUGGCUCGUUUGGUGAUAUUUACUUGGGUGCAAACAUCACAUCAGGAGAGGAGGUAGCCAUUAAACUGGAGAGUGUGAAGACUAAACAUCCACAGUUACAUAUUGAGAGCAAGUUCUAUAAGAUGAUGCAAGGUGGAGUGGGUAUUCCGUCAAUCAAAUGGUGUGGUGCUGAAGGGGACUACAAUGUCAUGGUGAUGGAGCUUCUUGGUCCAAGUCUGGAAGAUCUGUUCAACUUCUGCUCAAGGAAAUUCACACUUAAAACUGUCUUACUGCUUGCAGACCAGAUGAUUAGCAGAAUCGAGUACAUCCACUCCAAGAACUUCAUUCAUAGAGAUAUCAAACCUGAUAAUUUCUUGAUGGGGCUCGGCAAGAAGGGAAACCUAGUCUACAUUAUAGACUUUGGCUUGGCCAAGAAGUACCGUGACGCCCGCACACAUCAACACAUUCCUUAUCGUGAGAAUAAGAACCUGACUGGCACUGCCCGCUAUGCCUCCAUUAACACUCAUUUGGGCAUUGAGCAAUCUCGACGGGAUGAUCUUGAGUCCCUUGGCUAUGUGCUUAUGUACUUCAACUUGGGUUCCCUUCCCUGGCAAGGCCUCAAAGCAGCUACUAAAAGGCAGAAGUAUGAGCGAAUCAGUGAGAAAAAGAUGUCAACCCCAAUUGAGGUUCUUUGCAAGGGCUAUCCAUCCGAAUUUUCCACCUACAUGAACUUCUGCCGCUCACUUCGAUUUGAUGACAAGCCCGACUACUCCUACCUAAGACAAUUGUUCAGGAACCUUUUCCACAGACAGGGAUUUUCUUACGACUAUGUAUUUGACUGGAACAUGCUGAAAUUUGGCUCCAGCAGGACAGUAGAAGAUAAAGAGAAGGAGCAGAGGGGAGAGGCAGAGGAGAGGGAUGAGAGAACUGGAGGUGGACCACCGGGUUCAGCAGCUCGUGCUCUGCCAUCUGGCCCCAACCUCCCAGCCCCUAACAGGGUCCGCAAUGGCCCAGAACCUGCCAGCUCAACGCCAGCCUCCCGUGUUCCACAGUCUGGAAAUGCUUCUCCAAGAGCAGGUCGAGGAGCUGAGCGAGAAAGGAGAGUCUGUUUGAGGCUCCACCGUGGUGCUCCUGCCAAUGCUUCCCCUGAUCUCCCACUGCGCCAUGAUCAAAUCCGCAUCACUCCGCCACAGGUCAGUGUUCCAUUCGAACAUAUGGGAAAAUGAGCACUACAAAUUCUCUGUCAUUUACUGUUUUUUUAGGAGGAUUAAAACAGACAACUCCCCUAAAGCAUUUAUAUUCAUCUUUCUAUAUAAAACGGGAGUGUGACACAGAGGUUAAAGUGUAGGCAAGAAGCAGAAUGAAAGGCACCACACUUUGUAAUGGACAAAGUGCACCCCUGUCCUCGUGCACUACUGGUUGUUGCUGUUGGGAUGAGACAUUGAAGAUACAGACGCAUGAAUCAGUUGUGGACAGCGGAUGAACCGGUUUAGAUCUGGAUUCAAACUGUGGAAAAAAGUGCAAGUUGAAAAGAUAAUUUUUACAUGCAACUUGAUGGCUGUUCUCUGUUUUGUCUGAAAUGCUGUGAAAAAGAAGGACUUGCUUGUUGGACUGUAAAGUUAAAAUGUAUUAUUGAUAAAAAAUGUAUCCCUCGCACUGUUGCUUUAACACUAAAGUGUAUGUUGACACCUUACUGACGUAUGAGGUUUCGUGGAACCAUCUUUUCCAUGUUAAAUAUUAAAUAUGCAAAAUUUACGAAUUUCCAAGAAUGUUGUUUCACUUAAGCUGGUGUUUGGCCUGUAAAUGUAACUGAAUUUGCUCUGUAGUGAUUCUGCAUUGAACAGUGAAUUCAUUGGAGGUCUUAAAAUAAUUAUAGGCCGAAGUGAAGUAACCUAAAUAUGAAUUUAAGCGUUAUUACAGGCCUGAAUUCUUCUUUUACCAAAAAUUUACAAAAGUGGUAAAUUGAAAAUUUGAUAUGAAGACUCCUGCAUUGAAAUUGGCCAUGACAACCUCAUUUAUAAAUAAACACACAUAUUAAAAUACUAAGUGUCUCAGCUUGUUUAACUUGUUGAACUUUGAUUCAAAAUACGAAAAUGAUUUAUAUGUAUAAUUCUAGCCAACGUCAAAGAAGACAUAAAGCCUUACAUAUGUUUUAUUAUUAUGUUUUUGUUUUAUGCAUAAUCAAAAUAACACAAUAUCAGGCAAAAAUAUGUAACUCCAAAUAUACAAAGGAAGAAAAUAUAUAUGAAUUAAAAUAAUGCAUAUUUAUACGGCGCCGCAUACAGAUUCAUUUUGCUUAACAAUAGGCAUACUUUUCCCAUUAUUCAUUAUCUUAAGCGAUUGUAUUAGAGACAGGUUCGUUACAGAAAGCCUUGUGAGAUGGAGAAUUUGACAUUCUACUUUUGUAAAUAAAUAAAAUCUACAGACACAAUGUUAUAGUCACUGACGUGCGGUCUGGGUAGGCAAACUAGGCACUGCCUACCCUGCCAAAAUUCAAAAAUAAAAU